UGCUGGCUGCCUUCCUUGCCGGGCUACAACUUAUCUCUUAUGUACACAGCCCUUGGAGUUCAGAGGCCUCUGCUGACCUCUGCCCAACCUCUCCUUCUCUGCACCCAAGCCCCCACUGGUAGAUACAGGAGCAGAGGCAGGCAAGGCAGGCAGGACUAGGAGAGAGUAGAAGGGCUGGAGACAGGCUGCCAGAGGGCUCAGAACCCCAGCGCACCUCCCUGUCCCAACUCUGUCAACCUCCUGCUGUGGCCACUGCAACAGAAGAGACAGCUAAUAAGACAGGAAGUGAGGCCUGGUACCUUGUGGACAGUGGUGUCAUUAGCUGCGACGCCUAAGAUGACUCAAGAGAUGGGAGAGCUCACCCAAACCAGAUUGCAGAAGAUCUGGAUUCCACAUAGCAGCGGCAACAGUAGGCUGCAACGGAGGAGGGGCUGUAAGUGGGGUUUGCUUCUGUGGGCUUCAAGGUGGUGGUGAUAGAGUGGGUGUAGUAGAGCAAAGGAUAUGCCACCCUUCCACCCCCAACCCCAAUCUGAAAGUUUGAAUCGCUGUAGACCAGAGGCUAAUGUCAGAAAAAGUAGAUAAGGAAUGAGAGAAAGAGAGAUGAAGACAAAGAAUGAGGAUUAUGUAAAGAUCAUCUUAAUAGGAGAGAUUUUUUACUAGGAAUUUUUCUGUCUUAUCCAGAACUUAUUUGGAAUGCUUCUUGUUAGAAAUUUGAUGUUUCUAGUUCAGAACUCUUCAGUGCUAGCCUAAAAUGUUUUAUUUUGGUGACUUCAGUGAAGUGUCUGGAAAGUGCUCCUGUCUGAUAGUGCUUGGGUGAAAUAAGGUGAUGGUUUCUGGCAUUGUUUUUCAGGGAACAGGUGCUGGGUACACAACGGUACCAUAUCAUUGGUCAGUUUUGCCCCACCCCUUUCUCAAGCCUCUUCUAAUUAUUCUCUGACUGGGUUGGGAAAGGCAGGGUAUCCUGUCUUCUUCAUUGCCUUCUUGGCACAUAUGGAUAUUUUUGCUGUUCUGGGGAUUUGAAGGAUAAGACCCUCAGUCCCUCAGGGACAGCCUUCUGGUGUAAUGUUCACUUUGAAAUUUUAAGAAAGAGGAGAUUCAAAGGAGAAUCAAACAAAACCUGUAAAUAUAUUUUUAAGUAGAGUAUAGCAUUUCCCAUAGAUAAAAGGGGACAUUUGUGGACCAAGAUGCUUCCAGCCCAAGAAUUUUGGCCUGAGGAGCCAUAAGCAUCCAUACCCCAGUUUACAAAUUCCCCCACGAUGGUGAUUAUGGUGGGUUUACCAGCUCGAGGAAAGACCUACAUCUCCACGAAGCUCACACGUUAUCUCAAUUGGAUAGGAACACCAACUAAAGUGUUUAAUUUAGGCCAGUAUCGACGAGAGGCAGUGAGCUACAAGAACUACGAAUUCUUUCUCCCAGACAACAUGGAGGCCCUACUUAUAAGGAAGCAGUGUGCCCUGGCAGCUCUGAAAGAUGUCCAUAACUAUCUUAGCCAUGAGGAAGGUCACGUUGCGGUUUUUGAUGCCACCAAUACUACCAGAGAAAGACGGUCUUUGAUUCUACAGUUUGCUAAAGAACACGGUUAUAAGGUCUUUUUCAUUGAGUCCAUUUGUAAUGACCCCGACGUCAUUGCAGAAAACAUCAGGCAAGUGAAGCUUGGCAGCCCUGAUUAUAUAGACUGUGACCGUGAAAAGGUUCUAGAAGACUUUCUAAAAAGAAUCCAGUGCUAUGAGGUCAACUACCAACCUUUGGAUGAUGAACUGGACAGCCACUUGUCCUACAUCAAGAUCUUCGACGUGGGCACACGCUACAUGGUGAACCGCGUGCAGGACCACAUCCAGAGCCGCACAGUCUACUAUCUCAUGAACAUCCAUGUCACACCCCGCUCCAUCUACCUAUGCCGGCACGGUGAGAGUGAACUCAACCUCAGAGGCCGCAUCGGAGGUGACUCUGGCCUCUCACCUCGGGGCAAGCAGUAUGCCUAUGCCUUGGCCGACUUCAUUAAGUCCCAGGCCAUCAGCUCCCUGAAGGUGUGGACCAGCCACAUGAAGAGGACUAUCCAGACAGCUGAAGCCCUGGAUGUCCCCUAUGAGCAGUGGAAGGCCCUGAAUGAGAUUGAUGCGGGUGUCUGUGAAGAAAUGACAUAUGAGGAAAUCCAAGAGCACUAUCCCGAAGAAUUUGCCCUACGAGACCAAGAUAAAUAUCGCUACCGCUAUCCCAAGGGAGAGUCCUAUGAAGAUCUGGUCCAGCGUCUGGAGCCAGUUAUAAUGGAGCUAGAACGUCAGGAAAAUGUAUUAGUGAUUUGCCACCAGGCUGUCAUGCGGUGCCUCCUGGCCUACUUCCUGGACAAGAGCUCAGAUGAGCUGCCAUAUCUCAAGUGCCCUCUGCACACAGUGCUCAAACUUACGCCUGUGGCUUAUGGCUGCAAAGUGGAGUCGAUCUACCUGAAUGUGGAGGCUGUCAACACACACCGGGAGAAGCCUGAGAAUGUAGACAUCACCCGAGAACCUGAGGAAGCUCUGGACACAGUCCCUGCCCACUACUGAGCACUUUCUAAGACAUCAAACUUCCUCUGUCCUAGCUCUCUUCCAACUUUAGGAGGUGACGUCAUUGUUCUCCUACCCUGAGAAUACUCUGGACUUGGCCUCACAGGAAGAGACCUGCUUCCAGUGAAGAAACUCUCAUCAGCUCUGAAACAAGUCUUGACGUCUAGCUACAACCAAGGAGCUAUCUAGCUCAGGAAGAAACUUUUUCUUUCUUAAUUCCUAUUCCCUAGUCAAUAAAGACUUCUGUUACUGACUACAAAAGGAGAGAGGAGGUUGUUGUGAGGCUUUUCCCAUAAGAUCUUCUUAAGAUAUUGACCCUAUGAAAUGGCUCUGAUUCUGUGGAGGUGUGGACUGGGUAAGAGCUUCCUGGAGAGAAGGGCUCUGGAGUAGCACCUCCAAAUGUAGGGAAGGAGAUAGGUCCAUGUGAGUGCCUUUGGCCUUAUUCCUUGGUAGGCAGUGUGGCUAAGGACAUGACACUUUCCUCCUUAUACUCAGAGAAGAAUAUGCACUUAAACCACAGUGCUCCUCUCUUCUCCAACUCUUGCUGUCAUUCUGAGUGAUUUUACUGUCCAUAUAAAUUGUCCAGACAAUACCCUGGUCUCCUGGUGCCCUGCUCCCUCAACCUCAGUGGUCAUCUUCCCUUUAGCCAUCCACUCCAUGGACCUUGGUUGGCAUCAUCUAGACUUCUCCCCAGACUGACUUCUUUAAUACAAGCAUCUGACCACUGGCCCCUGUCCUUAUUACUCUCUGUGUCAUCCGCAGGAUCCCUAGCAACAUGCCUCCCAACAGUAGGCAUGUAUGUAGUAUUUCUUGAAUGAAUAAUAUUUGUUCUUUUACUGCAUCAAGAGUACAGUCCUUUGAUUCCUCCACUAUCUCACAACCCAUCCAUCCUCUCCCUUUUCAUUAGUCUUCAAUCCCUGUCCAGCUUGGACCCUAUGUUCCAGAUCUUUAGCUUCUUUCCAUACAGUUGCUUUCAGCAGGUACCAGCAACCCACUGGUAAAGAGACAGACUCAUACAUCCCCUGCCUUUGUUCCUUUGUCCUUCCAUCACAAGCACCAUCAAGACCUAAACCUUGUAUAAUCCACAUCAUCUUUUUUAUUGGGAUCUACUAAAGGGGUUGCUGAUUACUGCUUGAAGCAAAUCUACACUUAUCUGCUUCCACAGCCACUCUUAAAUCCUGUUUAAAGUCAGGGACACCCUCUAUUCUCUGGCAUUCUGUUCCAUCCCACUUUCUCAAGGAUGGGCUAAUUCAGUCAAUUUCUGACUAUCCCAUAUCUAUAUCCUGUCAUUCCCUAUUGGCUUUUGCCCCACAGUGCAUGCAACGUGCUCAGGUCUCUUCUAUCCCAAGAAAACCCUCCCUGUUCCCAUGUCUAUCUUCACUUAACCUCCCUCUCUCUACCUCCAUUACUACACAAACAUCUCAAAAUGAAUAUAUACUUACUCUCCAGAACCCUCUCCCUUUGUCUUCUACUCCAGGCUUUCCCCUUGUAGAUCCUAGUUUAAGGUAGUAUCCCUCUUGCUUGCCAUGCUUUCCCCAGAUCUCUAUCUCACUGAAGUCACAUUUGUCUUUUAGUCUAAAGCUGGAGCCCAACUUCCCCAAAGAGCCAUGCUAAACUUAGCUUUUCUAUGAACCCAACUGUCACUCACAACAACUAUGCACAUUAAAAGACAGAACAAACAGUAAUUCACUGCAAAUUUAAUGUAACUCUGAUACCAAAAUAUGACAGGACACAAAAAGCAAACAACAAAGCAGGACUGGCAAACGGACUUUUUCCUAGUGUAUCACCCUCAGCUGAUUGGUGAUAUCUGCUUAGACUGCUGCAUGGACAAAGAUUCCAAGGAUGUACCCUGACUCCAUUGACUGUUGCAAUUUAUUAGCAGUAUCUAUAAACAUGGGAAAUAAACCUGAAAACAAAACACCAUACAGAAACACAUUUUCGCACA